GGGGCCAUCCUGACUGGGCCCCCAGGAACUGGUAAAACCCUCCUGGCCAAAGCGACAGCCGGUGAGGCCAAUGUUCCCUUCAUCACGGUGAACGGUUCUGAGUUCCUGGAAAUGUUUGUGGGCGUCGGGCCGGCCAGGGUGAGAGAUCUGUUUGUCAUGGCGAGGAAGAACGCUCCCUGCAUCCUCUUCAUCGAUGAGAUUGACGCUGUUGGGCGAAAGAGGGGCCCAGGGAGCUUUGGAGUUCAGAGCGAGCAGGAGAGCACACUGAACCAGCUGCUAGUAGAGAUGGACGGCUUCAACACGGCCUCCAACGUGGUAGUUCUGGCUGGAACCAACAGACCUGACAUUUUGGACCCCGCUCUGUUGAGACCCGGCCGCUUUGACAGGCAGAUUUACAUUGGUCCUCCUGAUAUCAAAGGACGCGCAUCCAUCUUUAAAGUCCACCUUCGUCCUCUGAAGCUGCUUGCCAACCUUGACAAAGAUGCUCUGGCGAAGAAGAUGGCCACCCUCACACCUGGUUUCUCAG